CGGCCGCGCAUGGCCGACGAUGACACCCGUCCCUCCCCGUCGUCAUCGUGUCGUCAAGUUUCGCGAUAUCGGCUUCUAAAUGUAAGAUAAUCCGAACCGGAAGAAGAACGGUGCCGCGGUUCCGGCGCGGUUCAAAAACGCGCGCGAGUGUCGAAUGCGAUACUCGGGGAUGCGAUCGGGACCCAGGAGGGGAACCACCGCGUGGCUCCUCCUCGCCGUCCAAAUAUUCGCCGCCAUCUGCAUGCAGGAGCACGCGGCCGAGGGGAAGAGCGAGAACUACAAGAUGAUCCACGUCUGCAAAAACCACUUCCUGCAGCAGCUUUACCGGAAAAUAGACGGGGCUGUGCUGACGUCGCAGAAUGAGCGGAAUCUCGACUGCGCCAUCACAUUUCAAACUCACAGCAUCCUCCAGCGGUUCAUGCUGCGCUUUGAUCGACUCCAGCUCGACUGCAACGACCACUUGUACAUCUACGACGGGGCGCAUGCCGUCGGAAAUUACAAGGCUGAUCUAUCCUGCCGGAACACGAAGCAGAGUGUGGGUGCCAUAUUUACGAGGACGAAUUUCGUCACCUUAAAAUACGUGACGGACGGCUGGGGCACAGAUUUGAAUGGUUUUCGUCUCGUGAUCACCGCCGUCAAGGAUCCCAAGCAUACGUGCAAGGACUUCAAAUGUAACUCGAGAGAGUUCUGCAUAGACACAGACCUCGUUUGCGACGGUGUGAAUCACUGCGGAGAUGGAUCAGACGAAGCUACUUCGACGCUGUGCACCAACACGAAAGCCUCGACGAUCCUCGGCAUGGAAAGAACGUGGUUCGCGGUUGCGAUUGUAUCGACGCUGAUCACCUUGGCUGGCAUCGGUGCCGGCGUGGUCAUGUGCUUUUGCAAACAGAGGACGUCGACACCCAGGCAUUUGCACAACGCGAACAACGCUCAAAACCAUCCACCAGUCAGCUUCCCAUUGCAACAGAUGUACGGAUCGAACGGAGCCAGCGCGGGGAUGCCCCCGGGGAUGACGACGCUGAAGGGUCAUCCCCUGCAGGGCGGGAUGCUGGGCGCGACGACCCUUCCGCGGCCGGGAAACUGGCUGCGCCCUGCGGGCCUCAGGCUCGGGCACAGCGCGGCCCGGGUCCGCCUCUACUGCCAGGCAAAGUGAGGAGCCACGGCUCGGACAGUGAUAUCUCCUCCAGCCAAAAAGACGAGUGGUUCGUGUAGAGGCGGGCCUGGACCAGAGCCCGCAGGGUGAUCGGACGGUGGUGCCCACACCGCCCGUGACGGGAAUCUCAAUACCGUUGCUUCCCACCAAGGCAUCAUUAUCAUCACCAUCAUCAUCAUC